CGGAGGGCGGAGGGCGCGCGCCUUAGAGGUUUUGCCCGGGUCCUCGGGAGCGCCUCUGCGGGUGCUCGCACAGCAGUGUUCUGGUGCCCGCGGGGAUAGUAGGUCGAUUUCUGGGAGUCUUCAUGGCUGGGAUUGUGGGGUACAGCAGAGACGCAGUGUCGGGGAACGUGGAGUCUAAGAAAACCUGAGCAUCAGGCAUUCGCAGGAGCGCAGAAGGACUACCGUGUGCAGAACGGCUUCUAACUCCGGAGUCCUCACCGUCGCCUCUGAACAAGCGUGUCCUCUCGGCUCCUGUCUCUGCGCAUGCGGCUAGGCCGAGGGGACCCGGCUGUGGAGUGCAGGACCAGACAGCCCCGCAAUGACCAGUUCCCCCGUCUCCAGAGUUGUCUACAACGGCAAGAGGAACAGCAGCCCCCGCUCUCCCCCCAGCAGCAGUGAGAUCUUCACCCCAGCCCACGAGGAGAAUGUGCGUUUCAUUUACGAAGCCUGGCAGGGCGUGGAGCGGGACCUGCGGAGCCAGAUGUCCGGCAGCGAGCGGGGCCUGGUGGAGGAGUACGUGGAGAAGGUCCCUAACCCCAGUCUGAAGACCUUCAAGCCCAUCGACCUGAGCGACCUGAAGCGCCGGAACACGCCGGACGCCAAGAAGUCCUGAAGCGCGCCGUGUCCCUCCCCUGGCCUCCAGGAGACCGGGGCGCCGCCUGAUGCUGGGAUGGGGAGGGGCUGUAAACCCCAGGAUCAGGAGGGGCACGAUCGCUGGCCAUGGCCUGCCCUUCCUCCCCGAGUCCCCUCCUUUCUUCUUGGGGUGUCCAGCUGCCCCCGUCACGGGGGAGGCCCCGCCAGCCCCUGCUCUCCCCGGAGCCGCGUCUUUGGAGCUGCCUGCCCUGCCCGCCCCCAGUCCAGGGCCUUGACUCUGACUUGUCUUCACUUCCCAUCACCUCCUGUUGCCCCUACCCCCUGAGUCCCUACCCCUGGCCACUUCCAAGGUCAUGAGGGGGGCACGGGGGCCUCUGCUCUUCCCCAGGCUGGUGGGACUGGGCUUGUCCCUGAGGGGUCAGGAGGCAGGACUGCGAUGCUCUCUCCCAUAGUAGUUGUGCGCCCCCCACCAAGCCCUGCUGCUUUUCUGGGCUGGACACCUUGGGGAGCAUCUGAUCCUUCAGCCCGUUGUCCAGCCUGGCCCCUUCCUUUCCUGCAUCAGCUUCAGGAUGGCACUGAGCACCCCUCAGAAAGGGUCCUGGACGACCGGGCCUAGCCCCUUGCUGUCUGCGGCCCUGAGGCCACAGGGGUCCCCGCGGGAAGGGGUGUGAAGAUGAUCCUGGCCCUGUACCAUGUGCUGGGAGGGUCACCAGGGCCCCCUUUUCCUCCUGUGCCCUUCAAAAGCCGAGUGUCUGUGCCCGGAGCCCAAGGACCAGUGAAUAAAGCCGGCGGUGCUGGA